AUGAGAGUCUUCUCCAAUAACGUCACCGUUACGGCUGCAUUCUUGCUCUCUAGAGUCCAAGCACAAUGUCCAGACUACUCUCAAUAUUCUCUCACACAACAUCCACCCCUUAGCAGUGGGAGAUAUGCAUUAUCAUGGAUGAGACCAGAACCAGCAUGUCGGACCUUCAACUCCUCAAUUGUAGAGAAAACCAUCAGCGAUAUGGAGUCGGUGAUUGCAGACCCUGAUCUCUACCGCAUAUUCCAGAACUCAUUUCCCAAUUCUCUCGAUACAGCUGUGAAAUGGAGAGGCUAUGCAGCAGAUAACGCGGAAGAAGAAUUGACGUUCUUGAUCACGGGAGAUAUCGAUGCGAUGUGGCUACGAGAUUCGGCAAACCAGAUGCAAAGUUACUUGCCAUUGUUAACGAAUGAUUCGUCUCACGAUUCCCUCGCAAGUCUCUAUCGAGGUGUCAUCAAUCUCCAAGCUCGAUAUAUCCUCGAAGCACCAUACUGCAAUUCCUUCCAAGCACCCGCCGAAAGUGGAAUUCCACCACAGCAAAAUCAAGUAAACCCAGAUACCUUUACUCCCGCUGAACCCACCAGCGUUGUUUUUGAGUGUAAAUACGAACUAGACUCUUUGGCUGCAUUUUUAGAGAUCUCCAGCGACUAUUACGAUGCUACGGGGGAUAUCAAGUUUUUCCAAAAAUUCAAUUGGGUCAAUGCUAUUGAGACCAUCAUUUCCACAACGGAGGGACUCUUGAUCGGAACUUAUGCUGCUAAUGGCAGUGUCAAUACAAGUCCAUACACAUGGCUACGAGAGACAACCAGUUCAACAGAGACACUGGGUAACACUGGAGCUGGAAAUCCCGUACAAGAAGGCACUGGACUGAUCCGAUCUGCAUUUAGACCCAGUGACGAUGCAACCAUCUACCAGCUCUUCAUCCCAGCAAACAUGAUGUUCUCCCGCUACCUCGAAUCAUGCAGUAAAAUCAUGGCCAAACUCUACGGCCAACAAGAUCUCUCAGACCACAUGCACACCUUCGCCAGUAGCAUCCGAGCCUCCAUCACCAAACACGGUAUUGUAAAUGAUCCCGUUUACGGAAAAGUAUACGCCUACGAAGUCGAUGGAUUCGGUUCUGCAAACCGUAUGGAUGACGCCAAUAUCCCCUCUCUCCUUGCAGCUCCUUUCCUAGGCUAUCUAAGCGUGAAUGAUACCAUCUAUCAAAACACCCGCAAGUUUAUCCUCUCGAAAGAUAAUCCCUAUUUCAUGCGCGGCCCCGUUAUUAACGCUGUCGGCGGUCCACACGUCGGUCCCGGCCGCGCCUGGCCCAUGGCCAGCAUAAUCCGCAUCCUGACCUCCUCCUCCCCAACCGAGAUCUACAGCACCCUCAAGGAAAUCGUCAGCAGCACCGACGGACUAGGUCUUAUUCAUGAAUCGAUCAAUUCGUUUGAUCAGCAUCAGUGGAGUCGCCAAUGGUUCAGUUGGGCGAAUGGCUUGUUUGGUCAGAUGAUUUUGGAUUUGAAUAGGAGGGGUGGAGAUGUGGGUGCGGUGUUGGGGAUGAGUUUUCAGUAG